GUGGCAGUGAACAAGUGGUGACGCUUAGUGUGACUGCAAACGGAUACAUCUUUUCAGCGGUUUCCAACAGACAUCGUCGAAGCAGCCUACUAGGGAGUGUUCUCACAAGAUGCUGCGAAAGAUUCUCCUGGUCUGUCUCGCUGCCGGAGCCUACGCUGUCAACGGUUACGGCCGGCCGGACCUUAGCGAUCUGGAUGACUUCGAUGGUCCUGUGACUCCCACUACACCGGCGGCCCCUACUGGCACAGGGACCCCAGCUACAUUGUCUACACCUACUUCGACGGCUCGGCCUGUAGCUCCUGUGUCUACUGCGCGACCUGUAGUUCCCGGUGUUACACAGCGCCCGCUGCGGCCUGUGGUCCGUCCGGCAGGAGUACCAUUCUCUCCAGGGAGACGCCCCGCAAUAUUCGCGCCCGGAGCUGGUGGUUUCCUACCAUCCGGAUCGCCGGGUGGAGAGUGGAAGCCGUACAGUUUCGGUUAUGACACCACCGACGAAUUCGGAACGCGACUCUUCCACAACGAGCAGUCCGACAACAAGAACGCCAAGACCGGUACUUACGGCUACCGCGACGUCAAUGGCAUCUUCCGCACAGUGUCAUAUGUGGCUGACGCUGAUGGAUACCGGGCUACCAUCGACACCAACGAGCCUGGAACAGCCCCUGGCGCCAGCGCUGACGCCGUAUUCAACGCCAAUCCUGUGGCCGCACCACCCACCACUCCUCGGCCUGGAGGCUACACUAGGCCUCUAUACAGUGGUCCAGCAUUCACUCGUCCUGCAUACACUCGUCCUGCAGCUCCAUUCAACGUUCGCGGCCCUGGAGGCUACAUGGGUGGCUACGCUGGUGGAUAUGGUGGCGUAUUUGGAAGCCCCUACGGCGCCGGGUCCGGUGGCCGGUAUGGUAGCGCCUUUGGCGGUGGUUACACCGGGGGUUAUGGCAGUGGGUACGGCGGUGGGUAUGGUUCUGGGUACGGAGGUGGAUACACAGGCGGGGAUGCUCGCGGUAGCGCUAGCGUAUAUCCUGGCAGAUAUGGUGCAGGAUACGGAGGCGGUAAUAGCGGAUCAUACCUUGGGGCCACUAGUCCCGGAUUCGGCAAUGGAGGAGCUGGAUAUGGUGGUAGCUACGGCGGAGCUGGAUAUAGACCUGGCUAUGGUGGUAGCUACGGCGGAGCUAGAUAUGGAGCUGGCUACGGUGCUAGCUACGGCGGAGCUGGAAAUAGAGCUGGCUAUGGUGGUAGCUACGGCGGAGCUAGAUAUGGAGCUGGCUACGGUGCUAGCUACGGCGGAGCUGGAAAUGGAGCUGGCUAUGGUGCUAGCUACGGCGGAGCUGGAAAUAGAGCUGGCUAUGGUGGUGGCUACGGCGGAGCUGGAUAUGGAGCUGGCUAUGGUGCUAGCUACGGCAGAGCUGGAAAUAGAGCUGGCUAUGGUGGUGGCUACGGCGGAGCUGGAAAUAGAGCUGGCUAUGGUGGUAGCUACGGUGGAGCUGGAUAUGGAGCUGGCUACGGUGCUAGCUACCGCGGAGCUGGAUAUGGAGCUGGCUGGUAGUGGGCUGGCUGGUAGUGGUAGCUGGCUGUUAGGCGAAGGUAGUGCCCAUCAUGGAGGUUCCUUCGGAGCCGGGUAUAGAGGUGGAUACGCUUCUUCAGCAGCCUUCCCAGCUGGACUACAUGGACAACGUGGUUAUCAUGGACAUUCCGGACACCAUGGAUUUGGAGGUGGUUUCAAAGCAGCAUCUGCUUAGGAGGUGCCGAACUGUGGUAUGAUAUGACCUAGGGAACCAGGACCGCAAAGACAAACUAGACUCAAUGACAGAGAGAGCCGUAGGGAAGAUGUUAGAGCCGUUGUUAUACAGUCGUCUACUGAGACGAAUGUUGUAUUAUCAUCAGCCUGUUUAUGCCCACAGUGGGACAGCGGUUUCUCUCCGAGCUUUCCAGGUUAUCCGUGAUCUGAAACCUGACUCGAUUCUCUAUAUGCGACUUUCGGGACUCUUCGUAGAAUUUUCCUUUCACGCAUUCUCGUUUAAAGCACUCUUAGUGCGAUAAUAACCACCGGCUAUCGUUAUUUACAAAGUGUUCAUAUCCACUUGUUUUUCGUGAUCUCGAACGCAAGGCCUGGUGCCUAUGACCGCCGUCGAAUUCACAUUAGGUCCAGAUUUACUACGUUACGUUUUUUUAUGCUUCGUUCCAUUAUGCUGCCCCUAGCUUUCUCUCAGGUAUCUUGAUUUUAUGUAAAUUACCUCUGGCUUAUUACUGCGACAACGCGUUCUGCAAUUUUUGGCAAAAAAAAAAUAAUGAUAAGCUGUCAUUCAUAACUUUAGGCAACGAAAAAUCAUAUUUAGUCUACCAAUAAGGGGAGUAAGAAGAAACAUUAAAAUAGUAUCGGGAAUGCGCCAUGGCAGUUUUCUACCGUGUUUCGUUAUCCUGUGGUCGCUGCUACAUCGGGCUGACAGGGUGCUGUGUCAAAGACCGCCUAGGAGAGCUCGCCAAUCUGAUGCGCGGGCCCACAGGCAACCACAUGGAAAAUCGUUGAUUCAUUUCUGGUCGGGCUCUUGCUAACUAGUAAGGCUCUUACACCAUCAAUAAAUAGUGUACUCUAAACAUGACAGCUACAUGAUCUAGUAGUGCCGAGAUUCAAGCGCAAUGUUCCAUUUUUUUCAAUGAAACUCUCGGUGUUUGCAUAGUCCAAUUAGCUUGAUUAGGCCGGAACACCAGAAUGGGCAUUAAUAUUGAUUUUUUGAAACAGUUAUAGGGUGAGAGGGGCAUUGAGUAUGGUGCUGCAUACCUGUUUCAUUAGGUUACGCAUUCCGCUCGAAAGAUGCCUGGAGCGCCUUGCCUCAGUAAAGUAAGACCCCCCCCCAUUACAGGGUUAAAUAUAUAAUAUUAAUACUUGACAGAGAACAUAACGGACGCUUAAUGCUAUGAGGUCUGAACUUACUGCUGGUGAAACUCUCAAGAGUUGAUGUUGAUACCAAACUAUGGUUAAGACAACAACAAGUAUAAGUCACGGCACGCUGUGCACAGGUUUCAGUUCUCGCAGGAUAAUAAAGAGCACCAGGGCAGCUUGAUUUGCGAGACCAUACCUGAUGGAAAAGUUGCCUAAAGUAUUCGACGAUUUACUGAAAGUAUGUGAUCAGGAAGUAAAAUACCACUGCCUUUUGCGUUUAUAUAUUGCUAGCUCUAAAACGUUUAUAUAAAAAUACGUUCUUUGUACUGCUCUUGUCAGAUUUCUUUAGAAGUUGCGUCAUCAACACCACUGUCCAAUUUGGAAAAAGGUGAUACACGAAUAAAGCUUAUCGAUGCGAAAGCGUCUAGUGAUUCACUGGGCGACAAAGCGGGCGUCCGGCGUCUGUAGCAAAAUUCCAAUUGACUGCGAUGCCUCGACGCAACAGAGCGGUCCUAAGAGAACACAUGCUGCCGCGGUAUUGCGUGGCGGGGGGGCAUCGCCGCAGCGCCAUGUAACCCUUGCUCUAGUUCGCGGCACUUGUCGCCUUGUUACUGCACUGGUAUCGUAUGCAGACGGCAUUAGACAACAAGAAAAAAAGUUAAUUUUGAUUUUUCCACACCAAUUAUAUUCUGGUGUUGCUUGAGGGCCUUUACGCAGGGCGUACACUCCUAAUGAUGUCGUAUUAUAGAAGCAACGAUAAAAUAAAUAAAUUACAAAUCCUCAUUAAGAAGCAAGCAUGCCGGUAUCAUACCCUGGUGAAGAAAAAGUUUGAUGUGGAUGGUGAACUCGAAUUCAGUAUCUAGUAACUGCGUGCAGGCGUCUGUAUCGCGAAUAUGUCUUAAAUCGAGGCCAUAGCUGCUAGGGUGAAGCUUCAACUAUUCAGCAUUUUCAUCUAUAGUGCAUGAGCCUAAUACACAAAAGCAAUGAUUUCGAUUUACUGAGUUUGUAAGUUUGGCAAAACUAUCUUUUCCCUAAUGCGGAAGACAAGCAUUAUUUUCCUGGUCGAACACUUAGCAGAUACUUAGAGGCCUUUUUUCCCGGAGAUACUUUCUCGGCAGCCUAUGUUAGAUGACAACGGCAGCUUUUGUUGUUCU